AUGGCCGUCCUCGGAAAGCGCAAGGCUCCAGAGCCGACGGUAUCAACAGAAGACGCACAAGAGAUUUUUCGGCGACAUUUUGAGGCGCAGUUUCUUCCGCUGCCGGAGGCGAAGCGCAAGGCGAAGGCUGUGGAGGAAGAGGAUGGGAGUGAGGACGACAGCGACAGCGACAGUGGGAGUGAAGGAGGUGAAUGGGAUGGCUUAUCAAACGAAGACGAGGAUGAUGACGAGGGUGAGGACGAAAGUGAGGAUGACGAGGACGACGACGAAGAGGAGGAGGAAGAUGAUGACUCUCCAGUUAUCGAAGUAGUCGACCAUUCCGCCUCUCAAGCUCCCACAACAAGCACAAUGUCCAAACGCGAACUCAAAGCCUUCAUGUCCUCCCGUCCCCCAGACCAAUCUUCCUCCGCCAAACCAGCCGCCCAACCAUCCUCCUCAAAAUCUUCCUCCGCCGCCCUCCCCGAAGACGCACCCUCCCUCCUCGCACAGGACCUCGAGCUCCGCCGCCUCAUCGCAGAAUCCCACCUCCUCCAGACGAACAAGCCCCUCUCCCUCGCCGCCGCACUCUCCACAACAUCCUCUCCCAACGCCCAGCCAAAGGCCUUUUCUUCAGGUCGCGUGCGCCAGAAGGCGCUCGAUAUGCGUAUACAGGCGCUUGGUUCGAAGACUUCGAUUCUUAAGCAGGAGAAGAUGCCCAUGCACAUGCGCAAGGGCAUUAAUGCUGCUGCUGUCGAGAGAGAGGCUAAGCGCAGACGCGAGGCUAAGGAGACUGGCGUUAUCUUGGAACGAGAGACGGGCAAGAAGAAGAGGAGAGAUCGGAAGAGUGGUGGCGGCGGUGGUGGAUUUGGUCCGGCUGUGGGUAGGCUCAAGGGUGCUGAGCUUAGAAUAAGCGAGAGAGACGUCAAGAAGAUUGAGGGGACGAGGGAUACGUUUGGUAGGAGGGGAGGAAAACGAUGA